AUGGCUUCGAGUUCUAGCUCUGACGACUUGUGCGCCCGCUGGACAGACCUCGCGGAUGAUGUGCUCUCCGUGGAGGAUAUUCGGGCAACUCUCGCACCUAUCGAGGACGACCUGUGGGUUGCCGCAGCUUGCCAGGAUCGGCUGCUCGACGACGCGGACGCCCAACGCUCGCUGUUGGAUGAAGGCAUCAAACGAAGUGAAUCGGCUGCGGAGCGCAUACGCAACCUGUGCGCGGAGACCGACAGUGCCGUCGUGGAAGAAACCCUGACGUCGUACUUCAAAGACGAGCCUGCGGAUGCACAACUCUGCCAUAUACGCGCCACUUUGUUCGCGCGCCUCGACCGCUUGAACGCAUACGUGGAGGCAUGCCAGUCUCGUGUACAAUCCGGCACGCGGGAAGAAGGGAUGAGCGCGGAUCCUGACGCGGACUGGGAGGAUGACCCGUGGGCUGAGGACGGGGACGAGGCGGCGGAGGCAGGACCGUCGAGCAAGGCAACCACGCUGGACUCGCUACCCAUAUCACUAUCGAGAUUCCUUUCCGAGGAUCUCCUUUCGCUGGCCUGUUUUGCUGCCGCGUCGGCCUCUUACGAGAUCAUACGAAUACUACUCAAACGCUAUGCCGACGAGCUCUGGCCAUACCGUUUCACGAUCCUGGACAGUAUACCCGAGCAUGUACAACCACUCGACUACCGAGAUCUGCUGCCUGCUUUUGACAUCAACGAUGAGCGCGAGGAGCUUUUCGAAGGCAGUCCUGCACGCAGCGAGCGUGACAUCGUGGAAUUACCCCAUGUACUCUCGUCGCUCGUGGCGUCUGGCGCUAUUCCCGUCGCAGGAGAGCAUGGACCGUCAUCUCGGCCUUCUGCAUGUCCCAAACCACUAUCAUCCGCCGAUCUUUUCGCGUGGUAUUCAACUCGUGUUGACCGCAUACUCGAAACAACGGGCAUGGCUGACAUCGCUUUGGCCUUCGUACAACACGGUGCAUCACAAGGCGUACAAGGCUUGGACGAACUCGGCGAGGAGCUUAGUCUCAUGGCUCGCCUAGCUUACGUCUCCGAUGCAAUCUCCGACAAAGAUGACUUGUCGUUGGAUCGUUGGCGAGCGAUGGACCCGGACGCAGUCGUCAAGGCGUACUUGAGCCAAUCCAGACCCGAGACCGUUGUCUCUGAUAUUCGCAAGCUCGUCAUGCCCUACCUCUUCGUGCUCGAGGCUCGCGCGGAGCGAGCUGGUCACCCAGAUCCGAAGCUCAUUACCCGGCUACUACACAACUAUCUCCUUUCCGCCCCUUUGAACGUUCUCGCGUCCGUGUUCGAUGCGUCAAAGCCAACGUUACCAGUAUCGCAACGUCUUCUUCGCGACGACGAGGAGAUGGCACGACUGGCGCUAGCUUGCCUCUAUGGCAGCGAUAGCCUGAACGAAUGGAGCACAAUGUCGCGCAUAUUCGAGUGCCUGCCUGCUUGGGACCUCAGUGCGGAAGAGGACCUCACCGAUGAAGGCGAUACGACACUAGUAUCGCUUGGCGCGUUUGUUGUACCGAGCACACAACACCCGCGCGUCUCGCCAGCAGAUUUGCUCAUGUUCUUCCAGCCAUUACCCGCGUCGUCACUAUCGCAUAUUCUGGACAUCCUGGACGUGCAUUUUGAGUCGGGCGAGAUACUGGCGCGCUGGAACGUACCCGCACCACUGCGGUGGUUCCUUCAGAGCAUGCAGGAUGAAGGCCAGCAGCGCUCGCGCGCAACGCGUAUGGCAAGGCGGCAUGGAGGAUCUGAAGAUAACUUGGACAGUCUAGAGGAAUGGGAGUGGCUAUUGGAGGACAUGCUCAAGCUUACGGAGGCCAAUGAGGCUGGUGUGAGGAGCGCUUUCGGCAGGCUAGCGCGCGAAGAGGUGAUCAGGAUAUACUUCAGCGGUCUUCUCAGUACCGGCAAGUUCGAUAUUGCACGGACGCUACUUGGGUCGAAGAAGCAUCCUCUUGGAUUGGACGAUCAGUCUAUUGAGGAUAUAUGCCUUGCAGCGUCACGCGAGUUUUACGACAAUGCGAGCUCUGGCAACUACCACUUUGGCGAGAUGAAGCUUGCGUAUGACUGUCUGAGUGUCCCGCCUCUCUCCGACAGGACACAGCAAGAGAAGGACUUCAUCGAGGCUACUUCACGCAUCUCUUCAUUCCAAGUCAUGUCGCGUCCCGGCAUGCCCAUCACACCUUUGGAAAUUCGGCUCACGAAGGACCGCCUCUCUCUUGUCGCACGUGUGCUUGGCAGCACAUCUGACGCGUACAAGUACCCCGAAGUUAUCCUCGAUCUUGUCGCGAAGCUCAACUUGAGCUCGGAUCCCGCCGCGCAGGUCAAGGCGCUUGCCAUGAUUGCCGACACUGCCAUGCAGUCUGAAGACUUCACACGUGCACACGAUACGAGCGAGCUCAUGGUGUCCUCUGUCCUUGCUCUCGAGUCUCAAGGUGCGACCGAGUCCGAGAUCGCGGCGGCGCGGGAAGUGUGUUGGAUCGCAUGCUUCCAGCUCGGGAGGCAACCCAUGUUUGAAGACGCCGGGAAGAAGCGCGCAUUGCUCGCUCGUGCGCUUGAGUUCUGCCCACCGGCCCAGAUUGGAGAUGUGCUGGCGGCGUGGAGAAGGCUGGAAGCAGAGGAACCAGUUGUACGCCAGCCGCGCCGGCGACGGGGCGCAGCUGGACGUGCGAACAGGAGGACUGCGGCAACGGCACAAGGAACAGUGCCAUCGUUGGCAGCGCGCAUUCGCGGACUCGGCGAAGCUCUACCUAUACCCAACUCCCCCGAUGCCGCGGCGCUUGCGCACACUUUCUCGCGCGUCGCCGCGAAUUUCCCAUUCUCCAGCCGAUUGGGAAGUAGCAUUGGACGGCCGAGUAGUGUUGCGUCUCUUGCAUCGGAUGACUCCAGUGCCACGCGGGGUCGAAGCGGUAGCCAAGAGCGUCACGGUUGGACGCGGGGCGAGGAUGUCCAAGCGCAGGCUAGCAAGGCGUUCCAGAAGGGGAUUGGAUGGCUCAUAGGCGCCGACGAGGAGUAA